UCUAUCCGUGCUCCUUACCUCUCUUCCUUACUCUCUCAUCAUGCCUCAUCUGUCUCUAGCAUCCGUCCUACCCUGAAAUCAUCACCCACCAUGUUCCCUACGAAUCUUCCCUUAUCUACUUUUUCCACUACCCUUUUUUUCCAUUACCUCUUUGAGCGAGAUGCGUUUGAAUCUUCAUUGAUUUUUUUUCUCUCGUUCUUCCUUCUUUUUCCAUGUAGACAUUUACCGUGCAACGAUGGUAGGAUUGUUCCACUAAUAGAUCAGUCUAUGUCCGGUCCGUCUCAAAUCGAGAUUCUGGCAAACCAUCGGGAGCUAAGGAGUUUAUGUUAUUCGUUGGUACAGAAGCCACGGUUGGGGUAAAAGAUAUGGGGAGCAGCUCCACCGGUCGUGCGGGCGAGGCAAGAGGAGGAUGUCAAGAUACGGAAACUAUGUGUGGGUGGAUGAGAGAAGGAUUCUCCUGAGA